AUGAUAUCAACUAUUUCAAAGAAGAUUAUCAAACCUUUUUCUCCCACCCCAUAUACUAAAAGAUGGCACAAUCUUUCCCUUCUUGAUCAAUUUUUUGGUAACAUUUAUGUACCCUUUGUUUUUUUCUACCCAAAACAUCAAGUAGCUACAAUCCCAAAACACAAAUUAUCUAAAUUUUUAACAAAUUCUUUGUCAAAAACUCUUACAUUUUACUAUCCAUGGGCAGGAAGUCUAAAAAACAAUGCUACUAUUGAGUGUGAUGAUCAUGGUGCUGAGUUCUUCGAACUCGAAAUCAACUCUUCCAUGGAUAAAGUUAUUCAUCACCCUGAUUUGACAUUCCUUCAAGGUUUAUCUUGUAGGGAUUCGUCGUCAUCAACAUUUGGUCCCUUAACUCUUGCACAAUUAAGCCAUUUCGAGUGUGGAGGAAUCGCUCUUAGUUUUUGCAUGUUGCACAAGGUGGGAGACGCGUGCAGCGCUUACUACUUCUUGAGGGAUUGGGCUAGGUUAACUCGAGAUCCAAAAUCAACAUUAUCUCCUCCAUACUUUGCUAAGGAUUCACUAAUGCCAUCACCAUUUGAUGGUCCUCUAGUUUCCCCUGUUGUCGAGCCGAAAAUGGAAGGAUGUAUCCAUCAGAGGUUCAUUUUCUCUGAAUCCAAGAUAAACGCGCUUAAAGCCUUGGUUGCUGCAGAAUCCUGUGUACAAAAUCCAACGAGGAAUGAGGUUGUGAGCGCCCUCAUCUACAAAUGUGCCGCUUCUUCUUCUACUUCCAAUUUAGGGCGAUCUCAGUUAGUCCUAACCUCAAACUUGCGAAGUCAAGCAAGUACACAACCACCACUACCACCAACCACCAUAGGAAAUAUGGUCACUAUAUUUUCCACACCAAUAUAUGAAAACCAUGAACGAGACCUCAGACUGUCAAAAUUAGUAACCGAUAUAAGAAAGUCCAAACACGACUUGUCCACCAGAAACAAUCUACAAGAAAAUGAAUUGGUCAUAGAGAUGUUGGAUGCAUAUAAAACAGGGCAAUUGCCAUUACAACAAAGGAAUUGCCAUGUUUAUAUAGCUACUAGUACAUUAGCAUUCGAAUUCGAAAAAUUAGAUUUUGGAUUUGGAAAACCUACUAGAGCAAGACAAGGAAUUGGUCCAAUUAGCAACUUUUUUAUCUUAACGAAUACACCUGAUGGUGAUCAUGACAGAGGAGUUGAAGCCUUUGUCAACUUGAAUGAACAGGACAUGUCUGUUUUCAAGAACGACAACGACCUCCUCCAAUUUGCUAUUCCAGUUUAA